CCGCCAGCGCUGAUCUCACAGCCAUCUGGAUGCAGCAUUCCGUGCGAUCCACACGUUUGUGGGUCUAGGGUUUUAAUUGAGGUCAAGCAUCACAGCGUCGUGCUUUCAGUCGCCAGAGAGCGCUGCUUCCAAUGUUUACUACUCUGGCAUGUCUUCUCCAGCCAGGGGGAAGUAAAGCUGAACAACAGAGGAGACAUUUCUGUAUUUUAUUUUUUGUUUCUUAGCAAAAGCCGUAGUAGAGGGACCCCUUUUCCCCCUCCGCUGUACGGAAUAUGCACUAGCUAGUUUGAACUGUUAGUCCCGGGUGAAGCUUUUGUCGACAACUGCGGCUCCUCUUCGACUCCAUGAUGGCGAUGUUUCGGAGCUUUGUGUCGGCGAGCACCCAGUUUCGUCAGCAGCAGCAGUCCAGCAGCGGCCCCGGCCCGCUGGCAGCCCCCCCUGAGGGCGUAGAGAGCCAGUUCUCCUGUCCCAUCUGUUUAGAGGUUUACCACAAACCCGUCAGCAUCGCCAGCUGCGGACACACGUUCUGUGGGGAAUGUCUGCAGCCAUGUCUUCAGGUGGCCUCGCCCCUCUGCCCUCUUUGUCGUGUGCCCUUCGAUCCCAAAAAAGUGGAGCGCUCCUCCAAUGUGGAGAAACAGUUGGCCUCCUACAAAGCCCCCUGCAGGGGCUGCAGCAAAAAGGUGUCUCUGGUAAAGAUGAGGUCCCACAUUUCCUCGUGUUCCAAAGUACAAGAGCAGAUAGCCAACUGUCCCAAGUUUGUCCCUGUGGUUCCCACAUCCCAACCUAUACCAAGCAAUAUUCCAAACCGGUCGACAUUUGUAUGUCCGUUCUGUGGGGCCAGAAACUUGGACCAGCAGGAAUUGGUGAAGCACUGUAUGGAAAACCACCGCAAUGAUCCCAACAAAGUGGUGUGCCCGGUGUGUUCAGCCAUGCCAUGGGGAGACCCCACCUAUAAGAGCUCCAACUUUCUGCAGCAUCUUCUUCACAGACAUAAGUUCUCAUACGACACCUUUGUUGAUUACAGCAUUGAUGAAGAGGCAGCCCUUCAGGCGGCUCUGGCACUAUCACUGGCUGAAAACUGACCUCAGACCCUGCUCUGUCCUCCCCACUCCUCUGCUGUUCUUCCAUGGGUCAGAACCUCUCAGAUGUCACAUGGACUUACCUGACUCGACUGUAUGAUAAAAUUGCAGCCAACUUUAAAUAAUAACCUCACUUCUUUCUCUUGGUAUAGCAGAGCACUUUCAUUUUAUUCCAAAACAAAAGCAGCGUGACCAAUCCUCACUGCGCCAUACGGAUUUAACGUUUUUUGAGGACAGGCUGGACUGUAGGUCCGGAGUGGAUCCAAUUACCACCCAGGAAAAACUCAGACACCUUGACCGUUGCAAACCCUCCCUCCCCCCAUCUACAAUUUGGAAGCAGUUCAUCAGAUCCCAUUUGGGCCACUGCAGCAUGAAGGGCUAUCUCCUUUGAAAAAGUCUCAUCUGUUUGUUUGUUGAAACCUGCUGCUGACUCUUAAGGCCUCAUCCGUGGUCCAGCUCCCUGACCACAUGCACCGAUCCACCAAGGUAGACACUGUGAGUAACCUGCCCUCAGUUUUCUGCUUCUGCACUGACCAGGACGGAACCUUUGGCUGCCCAUCAGCAAGAACUAACGAGCAUCUGCACAAAUCCACACAUCUCCUCAGAGACAAAACACUGGAGGUGAUUCUUCAGUAGCAUUGUCAGGCUGCAGUGGAUCAUGCACACAAAAACGGAACUUUUUAUGUUGCUCAGAAGUGAGAAUAUUUCAGUAGACUUGCAUUUUAACCCAUCCAUGUUGCUGUCCACAACAUGUUUUAUGGUCACGAUCAAUGAUCAGUGCACCCACAAUUCCUCACUGACCUGAUAGUAGUUUUACAGUUUUGAUUGUGAGGCAGAUGCCUGGCAGUCAGUUACACAUUCCUUCUGCUUUUGCUUUUUUGUCUCAAUUAAAAGUUUCAGAUCAUUAUAAAAAUAUGUUGGACACAGAUAAUGAGUAAAUUCAAAAAUCUGUUUUAAAUGUUGAUUUCAGUCAUAAAGGAAAGAAAUUCCUUUAUGACUGAACCUGGACCCAUGUGGAGAAGUAAUGGGUCCUGUUCUAAAUCUAGUGACUUCUUAUUCCACCCUUCCAUCUUUUUUGUUUUCCCGAUGUCUUUCUGAGGUUGCCUUGCUUCAGUACUUUGGAUCAUUUUUCGGCUGCAGAACCGAAAUGUACUUGGGCUUAUUUUGCCUGUGGGAUUAGACCUUAAAAGUCUUGAUUCCAUCAAUUACGGAAAGUCAUCUUGGUAUUCAGGAAUCAGGCCAGCUCCAGAUUCUUUGGACUGCCACCACCAUGUUCAACUCUCAUUACGAUAUUCUUAAUCUGAAAUGCUGUUAGUUUUACACCAGAUAUAACUGGAUUCAUGCCUUCCAAAAAGUGUUCCACUUUUGUCUCAUCAGUUCAUAAAAUAUUUUCCACAAAGUCUUGGGCUUCAUCCAGAUGUUUUCUGGUAAGACAGACCUUCAUGUUCUUUUGGGUCAGCAGUUGUUCUGACCUUUGAACUCUCCGGUGGAGGCCAUUUUUGUUCAAUCUCUCCCUCCAUUACUGUUGAACCAUGAACUCUGACCUACACUGGUGUUUUUUGCUCAUCCUCUUGAUCCAAAAUUGAAUUUUGUGUGAUUAUCUGAAACAUUUAAGAAUGUCAGAAAAGCAAAAUGAAAUGUAUAACAGGCAAAUACAUUUUCAUUGCUCUGUUUGUCAUUAAGUCGCCCAAUGCUGACCACAGGAAGACAUGGUCAGUGUUGGUUGUUUCUUCCCUGCGGUCCAGCAGAAAAAUGGGUGGUGAGUUGGUGGCAGUUAUUUUAGGACCAGGACCAAAUUUGUCUUGAUGGAAUCGCAAAUAUUUUGGGGGGAAAGGUCCAUAUGAGGUAUGUUCUGUCUGGUGGCUUUCAUCCAUUGUUUAGGCUGACUGUUGAACACUCAAACUGCCACAACAUAUACCUUCUGUCACCAGUGUAGAUCUGGAACUCUAAUUUGGUCCAGGUUCUAGAUGCAAGCAAUUGUGAAGACAGCAGCAUUGGCUCAGUAGGUUUUCUUUACUAACCCAAACAUUAUACGUAACAUCUAACUCCUGGAAGCUGGAAUGACAGACUGCAGGUUCAAAAUGUCCCGAAGUGCAGCAGAAAAGAAAAAAUAAAUCAAUGACAUCUAAAAGUUGUCAGACAAAACCCGUUUUUGUAAAGGAUUUGAAAAUCGUUUCAGAUUAAGUAAUCCUGAGUUAGCUGGCAGAAUUUUCUGUAAUCUAGGGGGAUUUAAUAGCCAAUAAGGAUCACAACGUCCAACCUGGGAAGAGUCAAUAAGGUUUAGUGGUUUGAAGUGGUGACACAGAGCUGGUUGUCCCACAUACAUAUGCCAGUCAUUUAUACUGUAUAUAGGCUUGUACAGAUACAAACUCCAAUCAGGUGUCUAUCCCAUGUAUGCUUAAAAACCAAUUAACUUCACACACCUCUAAAAUAGCACAUUAUAUUAUCUACAUUAGGGUAAUGACUGCAUCCUAUUUUACUCACCAGUGACAUUCAUGACAUCACACCAUCAGGUUCUCUGGACCCAAUCGAGUGUCCAACACGCACUCACUUGUGGUAAACAUUUCAGUUUCCCACAACAAGAGCGCCUCCUGGAGGCAGAAUUCCAACGGAAACGUUGAGGCUUGCCAAGCAGCAGUGACUUUUAAUAUGUGGCUGCUGGGGGAUGUAGUGAUGUUGACCUGACCAACAUAAAUCCUUUAUUUGCACUUCCUACAGGUGAUGCCUGUAAGACGUGCAUCCUAAGUUUUGUACAACCUCUAUUUAUGAACAUGUUUUAGUUUUAUUUUUUUAUUUUUUACAUACAUUUGUUCACAAAGCUAAUGUUAGUUGGCACCAAAAAUAAAUAGCAAAUCUUGCCGUUUUGUUGAAUUGUAACAUAGGUGUGGCAUCAUUCCCAACUCGUGUCCUGGGAAAAAUUUCUGCAAGACACACGGCUCCAAUUCACCUCUAAUUAUCCUGAAAUAUUUAAUGUAAAUUAUCCAAAUACAAUCCAAACAUAGUGGCAGAUUAGAUUUAGUGACAGUCCCAUCUGAUCCCAAUUGUGACACCAAACUGUCUGAUUUGAAUUAUAAUGCCAUUUAGUCAUUGCUAUUGUCAUAUUAGUAAUAUUAUUCCUUGUGGAAUAAUAUUACUAAUACUGUAGUACUGAACAAGCAUGCAGAGUUGGCAGAAAUGAGCAACUCUCUUAACAGGAAGAAACCAGAACCAGACGCAGUGUGAUGAUCCCAGAAAACCUACAGGGGGUUAGAGAAGAAGGCGGUAAAUACGGAAAAACACAGCACACUUUCUGUCUGAUUAUGUAGAGAUGAUGUUAGCUGUAGUCUGUCAGCUAACAUCAGACAGUUUUGCUAUGCUUACCUUUUAUUUACAAACUUUAUACAUUAGUUUCAUACACAGCUACAGUUUAACCAGUAGAUGGCAGUCUUUUCCCAGCCAUACAGGUGCUGUUCUGAAUGAGCUACACAUAAGUCUUGUAAAUCCUAAUCAGCACAAUGACCUGAUGUGGAUAAGUUAGAAGAUGGAGCUGUUGGUAUCGGUGGACAGAUGGGUGCUGCUUGUAUUCUAAAUAUUUCAGUCUAUCUCUUAUUUUGCUUACAUUAAUAUGUACCUUUGUGGGGUUGGUUGCCACCUGCAGGCUGGAUGUUUGUAAAGCUGCUGCUGAAGGUUGUAGAACAGGGGUGUCCAAGGUCAGUCCUCGAGGGCCGGCAUUCUGCACGUCUUAG